UGGAGGAGCGACAGUGCACACGAACGGUCGAUCGGAUAAGUUGCUCGCCGUGGGACCACCAGGGAGCACAUCGUCACCGAACACCAUGUCCAGCAGUUUAAGGAUGGAUCACGCCUUUCUAGCUCGGUCCAUUUGGCCGGGUGACAGUAAAAUCGUGCAGCAUCCCACCGAGCUUCACACCAGCGUGGUGGUGACGCGCAGCAUCCCGGCAGGGGCCAGCUUCGGUCCGUGUGUGCUACAACACACUUUUUACGACACCAUCGCUUUCAUUGCGCAGAAAUCAAGUGACGGGAGAGCCAAGUCUUGCGCUUUCAGGGUGGACCCAGAAGCCAUGCGUAAUUCCGCGUUGAUGCUGUCGUGGCUUCGACUGGCGCAGGCGGCGCGCAAUGGAGAGGAGCAGAACACAGAGGCCUUCUUAAGAGGGGGUCAGCUGUACGUGCGGACCACCAGAGACGUCCAACAGGAGGAGGAACUGCUGAUCUGGUACGAUCGGGAGCUGUGUCACCUAUUGGGCUUCACAGAAAUUAGCACAGGCUCGAGUGAAGAGUUCAAAUGUGUCCGGUGUGGGCAGGUGUUCAAGAAUGAAUAUCCCUUCCUGGCUCACUGCCGCUUUCUGUGUACACAAAUGAAGAGUGACGCAUUGAGUCGCGACAUGCGUGAGCACAAGCACAUGGAGGUCAAGAGGCCGCGUCGCGUAACAGAUUUCCACAACAUCGCCAGGGAUUUAGAACACAAAAAAAGUGACACCGAUGAUGAUACUACCCAUGGGAUAAAGCGUAAAUUACAGGAAACUGUUUGCCUCAAAGGAAGGAAAACAGUCCUGUUGGAAAAAACGAAUAUUUCAAAUGACGACAACAUUACACAGCUAGCUAAGGUCCAAGAUGAUGGAGGGGAUGCAUCUGACUCGACCUUAAAGAUAAAAGCUGACAGAACCAAAGUGGAUCAUUUGGGAUGUAAAAAUGUGACUUUUGGAGAGCCGAGGGACGCUACAUUGACUAUUACCCAUGACAAGUUGAUGGAGUCGGAGGCAGGGGAGAGCUCCGUUUUGCGCUCAAGCAGCGGUAGUGCUUUUUCUUUAGUCCACUCCAGCAACCGUGAACAGAGAAGUGCUUUUUGUAAACCUAGUAAAAGGAUCUCUGCCAGUGAACUGCAUCACGGUAACCCACCAACGGCACCCUCAAGUGGCCUGGAGGAGAUGAGAGAGGCCUUCACACCCAGGACUGUUUCAGGAUACAACAACCUGAUGGCUCCCAGGAUCCUUAGCAGUGACAUUCACGCGCUGCCUUCCCCGGUCACGCUCAACACCGCCUUUCAUUACGCACCGGAACACUGGUCAAGAACCACUCGGGUCCAGUCCACCUCGUCUCUGACGGUCCUCCCGCCCACUUUCGCCUCCUUCGGCGUGUCCGUUCAAAACUGGUGUGCCAAGUGCAACCUGUCUUUUCGCAUGACCUCUGACCUCGUCUUCCACAUGCGCUCCCACCACAAAAAGGAAUUUGCUGCUGAGUCUCAGCUGAGGAGGAGGCGAGAGGAGAAACUCACAUGCCCCAUCUGCCACGAAUACUUCAGAGAGCGCCACCACUUGUCCAGGCACAUGACGUCACACAACUAAUACCUCACAUGGCAGACGAAAAAUGUAUUUAUUCUUUAACUGAACAGGCCUAGAGUCCUGGAUUCAAAAUGAGACUUUAGUUUAUAACAGUGAAUGUAGAAAAUAGCAGAUGGCCAAUUCAGCCUUGUCCACUAGGGGGAGGCAGAAGUACAUGGACAAUGACCUAGAAGCCUCUUCACUGUCCUUCAGGCCUGUGUGUUGAUAGUGUGAAGAUGACUUUGUGCCUUAAGGAACUCAGGAUGGAAAAUAGAAGGGAUAUGUGGAGGACAGCUCUUGAUUGUCACGCAUAUCUUGAAGCCAUCCUUUCCAUUAUUAUUAUUUAUCCAUCCGCCUUGUACAUGCAAUGUGUGUUUGCACCUUUACAAAUCUAAACAUGUCAACAUGAAAGAAGAUGUGUUAAGCGUUAUUUCUUUUUCUUUUAAAUAUGCAUCUUGGUUUUGAAUUUGAACAAUAAAGCCAUUGAGAACAACCAGUAGGAUGAAUGGAUCUAAAUUCAGGGCAUCUUUUGUAACUAAAACUCUACAGACUCUACUAACUAAUACA